AUGAUCGCGGGUUGUUACGGUGGAACCACAUCGGCAAACAUCUCAUGGCAAGCUUCACAGUUGCAGGAAAGCGCUAUUGCAGAUAGAGCACAUCAAAUUGGAAUGACAGACCACACAAGAUCGGCACAUGCGGCACAACAAGGACCUUCAACUACAAUUAACAGCGGCGCGGGGACAUCUACUGCGGGGAGCUCUGAGCGCACGGAAGACGCGUUCCACCAGCCAGCCAACACUCAUGCCACAAACAAUGCCGAGUCAGUGUCAGAAAUGGCAAUCGUGCCAGCAAUACCGACAAGCACACAUGUGCACACCAGCACAAGCAACACUCAAGCAGGUGAAACAGCCGCCGAUACUGAAGUGAAUGAUGAAACCGAUGACGAAGCACAAGGGGCUGAAGAUGGUGGGCAAUCAGAAAUCAUGGUACCCCAGCCACCGUAUCUUGGGCAGAGAUUUGAUUCGUUUGCAGAUGCAAAGGAAUUCUACCAGACAUAUGCAAAGUUCCAUGGGUUUGCGGUCAACACCGAAUACCAUAGGAAAAUUAAAAAAACUAACGAGUACAGCAGAGGUGAGAUGAGGUGCUACAAGGCACGAAGAAACAAGAAGGGCAAAGCUGAUGCGCCUAUCGUUCCGGAACGAAAGAGAGGUAUCAUUGUCAAGACGGAAUGCCCUGUCCGGUGUAAGCUGAACGUAGAUGGAGCACAGUGGGUGGUCACUGAAUAUUUUGAUGAGCACAACCACGAGCUAAUAAAGAAGUUUGACCUGGUAAAAUUUCUGACCGCCCACAGAGGAUUCACCCCCCUCGAGAAGAAAUUCAUAAAGCUGCUACAUGAUUGUAACGUCGGUCCAUCAAGAAUGGUGCAGAUACUCUCCCUCAUCCACAGCAAAAACGGGUCUCUGAGUAGCAUGCCCUACCUACCAGCAGACGUCACAAACCUAAAGGCAAAGUACCGUAGAGAAAGCAAGUUGGCUGACAUAGAAGCCAUGAUAGCCUACUUCGAUGAGAAAGCGAAAGAAGAUCAAGAUUUCUUCUACAGGAUAAGAUUGGAUGAUGAGGACCGUGUUAGGAACAUGUAUUGGGUGGAUGGUGCUGCAAGAAGAGCCUACAAACAAGAAGAGCCUACAAACAUUUCCGAGACUUUCGGAUGCGGGCUCGUUCGGAACGAAGACACGGAUGGGUACGUUUGGCUGUUCAAGACCUUCUUGGAGUGCAUGGGUGGACUUGCUCCGAUGAACAUAAUAACAGACCAGGAUUUUAGCAUGCGUGCAGGCAUAGAGGAGGUCUUUCCGUUGGCAGUGCACAGGCACUGCAGGUGGCACAUUAUAAAGAAGGCUGAGGAGACACUAGGACCGUUCUUUGCUGACCGUCCAGACCUGCACAAGGCAUUCGAGCUGUGCGUGGACCACAGCUUGACGGUGGAGGAGUUUGAAAGGAGCUGGAUGGCUAUGAUUGAAACAUAUCAAGUCCAAGACCAUGAGACGCUUGCUAGCUUGUGGGAGAAGCGAAUGUACUGGGUGCCGGCCUACCUCAUGCAGUGCUUCUUCCCGUUUCUGCAGACUACACAGCGCAGUGAGGGGUUCAAUGCUGUUUUGAAGCGGUACGUGAGCCCUGGCAACUCAUUACUACAGUUUGCCAAGCAGUACACCGCUUUGCAACAAAAAAUACUAGGAUCCGAGCUACAGCAAGAAGCAAACACCGCGCUCAAGCAGCCAAAAUUGCUAGCGUAUUUACCAAUGGAGAGGCAGAUGAGCAAGAUAUACACCAACACAAUUUUUAACAAGUAG